AUGGGGUCGGAGGGGCCGGGGCAUGGGUUCGGAUCCGGGGCGGCGGAGCGGGACAUCGACGAUCUCCCGCGGAACGACGCCAACUACACGGCGCUGACGCCGCUCUGGUUCCUCGAGCGGGCCGCCCUGGCCCAGCCGGACAGGGCGUCCGUCGUGCACGGCCCGGUCCGGUACACCUGGGCCGAGACCUACCGCCGGUGCCGCCGCCUCGCCUCUGCACUGGCGCGCCGAUCUGUCGGCCACGGCUGCACUGUUGCUGUGAUAGCUCCAAAUGUUCCGGCAGUGUACGAAGCUCACUUCGGUGUUCCAAUGUCUGGAGCUGUGGUGAACUGUGUAAACAUCCGGUUAAAUGCUGAGACGAUCGCGUUCCUUCUUGAUCAUUCCGUGGCAGAAGUUGUGAUGGUGGACCAAGAAUUCUUCACCCUAGCCGAAGAAUCCCUGAAGAUAGUAUCAGAGAAGAAGAAACAGAAUUUUCAGCCUCCAAUCCUAAUUGUUAUCGGCGAUCCAACAUGCGAACCUAAGUCUCUACAAUACGCUCUAGGACAAGGGGCCAUUGAGUAUGAGGAGUUCCUGAAAACCGGUGACCCAGAAUUCAAUUGGAAGCCACCUAAGGAUGAAUGGCAGAGCAUUGCCUUAGGUUACACUUCUGGGACUACUUCAAGCCCAAAAGGUGUCGUGUUGCACCACCGUGGGGCCUACCUCAUGGCGCUCAGUGUUGCUAUGGUGUGGGGAAUGCCUGAAGGGGCUGUUUAUCUGUGGACUUUGCCUAUGUUCCAUUGUAAUGGUUGGUGUUACACCUGGGCGUUGGCUGCCUUCUGCGGAACCAGCAUAUGUCUUCGUCAGGUGAGCACAAAGGCUAUAUACACUGGAAUUGCAAAACAAGGAGUGACACAUUUCUGCGCUGCGCCGGUCGUCAUGAACAACCUCAUCAACGCUCCUGCAAGCGAGACCUUCCUGCCACUCCCCCGUGUGGUCAAUGUAAUGCUGGCCGGAGCCGCCCCGACACCGUCGCUUCUUGCGGCGCUCUCUAUCCGAGGUUUCCGUGUCACCCACACUUACGGUCUGUCUGAGACUUAUGGCCCGUCGACCUUGUGCGUGUGGAAGCCCGAGUGGGACGACCUGCCGCUGGAGGAGCGCUCCCGUCUGCACUGCCGGCAGGGCAUCAGGUACACCGCGCUGGAAGGCCUGGACGUGGUUGAUCCGAAGACGAUGGUCCCCGUCCCGGCCGACGGCAAGUCCUACGGGGAGAUCGUGAUGAGGGGCAACGCCGUGAUGAAGGGGUACCUGAAGAACCCCAAGGCCAACGCGGAGGCGUUCGCGCACGGCUGGUACCACUCCGGCGACCUCGGCGUGAAGCACCCCGACGGGUACAUCGAAGUCAAGGACCGGAUGAAGGACAUCAUCAUCUCCGGCGGGGAGAACAUCAGCACCCUGGAGGUGGAGAAGGUGGUGUACAUGCACCCGGCGGUCCUGGAGGCCUCGGUGGUCGCCAGGGCCGACGAGCGCUGGGGGGAGUCGCCCUGUGCCUUCGUUACCCUCAAGGAAGGGGCCGGUGGCUCCGACGAGGUGGCGCUGGCGAACGACAUCAUGAGGUUCUGCCGGGAAAGGAUGCCGGGCUACUGGGUCCCGAAGUCGGUCGUCUUCGGGCCGUUGCCCAAGACGGCGACGGGGAAGAUCAAGAAGCACGAGCUGAGGGCCAAGGCCAAGGAGCUUGGCCCUGUGAAGAAGAGCAGGAUGUGA